AUGAGAAAGGCGCCGUCGAGUUCCAUGCAGAAGACUUAUGACGAGUGCUAUCUGAUCUGUUCCACCGCAAUCUACUUCGAGGGCCAGAAUAAUGAAGACGAAGCUCUGCGAUCAUGGCGCAAUGCGCUGGACCACAUCUACUACCACAAUGCCUACAAGAUGCCCUCCAACUACGUCCCUCGAACCGAAACGGAAAAGGCACUGCAGGAUUCGCUGCGAGCCAUGGAGUUGCAGUGUAAAGAGCGCGUAGAUCUGCUGGAUGCACUGAAGAAGAGUAGUCGCGAGUCCCUGGCUUCCUUGUCCUUGCAAUCAGCGCCCGCGCUCACGCAAAUGCCCACUCUCCCAAAUUCAAAUGGCCAAGGCACGACUUGGCUGGGAGCAAACACUGUUCCCCAGAGAACAUACUCAGAUAUCCCGCGACCCCAGGCCAUGACCGAUUCGCGAAGACCGCCACCACAGCCGCCGCGACCUUCCCUCAUCAGCAAGAAGAGCAGUUCAGGCACAGUGGACUCACCACGGACUAGAAGUCUGCAGUCCAAUGCGAGCCCGAGUCCUCGUCUGACCCCACCCAUUCCUGGAGAACGCCAGAGAGGCAGGACGCCAAGUCCUGAGAAGAAGAGUGGAGGCAUGCUGAAGACUCUGAGAUCAAACCAAAAGUCGGGCAAAAUGGCUUCGAGUAUGCGAAACAAGCCGCAGCCAGCUGCAGCGAAAGCGGCAUCCUCAGUUCCCUCCGAUUAUAGGCCUCGUGGAAGCAGAAGCUCGUUUGAGGAUAUCAGCCAUACAAGGAACCAUCCGCUGCCUUAUCCAGACUAUCCACUUCUUAACCCAUACGCGCAGCAGUCGUUCAGCCAGAGCGACGAUUCGGUAGAAACAGCCAGGCCUCCUCCGCCUCCGCCACCGCACAAAGUUACUCCUCCGACCCCAACCGAACAGCCGUCUCAGCCCACCAGUCUCGCCCAAAUGCCACCGACCUCACUUUCUCCGCAACCAGGCAUCCCUCGCAAAGCGGUUGGCAGAGCAGCUGGCGUUGUUAGUGCCACCGCCGAGCGCCAGAAACUAGACAACAUGCAAGCACACCUCACAAGCCGCACUCGAGGACAAGUACAGCCUGAUUAUCUCAGCAGCAGUCCCGAUGCCAUACCGCGAAAGCAGACUACGAAGAAGAAGAUUGAAGGCAAACCUGUGCCCGCUCGCGCAAUGACCCCGCCAUCGACGGAUGAGAAUGGCGAUUCUGAUAAUGCGGAGAGUCCGAGUGAAAAGGAUCAAUGGGAAAAGCGCGUCAAGAAAAUCAUGAAGAAGCUGCCGAAAGGCGUUGAUGAGUGGUCAGCGAAACAGAUUUUCAACGAGAUCGUCAUUCAAGGAGAUGAAGUACACUGGGACGACGUAGCUGGGCUCGAAAUUGCCAAGUCCGCCCUCAAGGAAACUGUCGUAUAUCCCUUUCUGCGACCCGAUUUAUUCAUGGGCCUUCGCGAACCUGCACGAGGCAUGCUGCUCUUCGGGCCACCAGGAACAGGCAAAACCAUGCUUGCCCGUGCUGUUGCCACAGAAAGUAAAUCAGUCUUCUUCGCCAUCUCAGCCAGCAGUCUGACGAGCAAGUACCUCGGAGAAAGCGAAAAGCUCGUGCGAGCUCUCUUCGUCCUAGCUAAAGAACUCGCGCCUAGCAUCAUAUUCGUCGACGAGAUCGACUCUCUCCUAGGCUCAAGAGGCGGAAGUAGCGAACACGAAGCCACCCGCCGCAUCAAAACCGAAUUCCUGAUUCAAUGGUCCGAUCUCCAAAAAGCUGCAGCAGGCCGGGAAUCAUCCGAAGGCGAUGCCUCGCGUGUCCUCGUCCUAGCAGCCACAAAUACCCCAUGGGCAAUCGACGAAGCCGCCCGACGACGUUUCGUCAGACGUCAAUACAUUCCACUACCCGAGGAUUGGGUUCGCGAACAACAAUUGCGAACUCUACUCGCUGCCCAAAAGCACAGUUUGAAGGACCGCGAACUGAAACAACUCGUCGCUCUGACCGAUGGCUUUAGUGGAAGCGAUAUCACAGCUCUGGCCAAAGACGCUGCUAUGGGUCCACUUCGAAGUCUCGGCGAGAGAUUACUGCACAUGAGACCUGAUGAAAUCCGACCGAUUGGGUUGCAAGAUUUCGAGGCGAGUUUGGGAAAUAUUCGACCGAGUGUGAGUAAGGCGGGGUUAAAGGAAUUUGAGGAUUGGGCUAGGGAGUUUGGUGAGAGGGGAGGGUGAGAGUAAGAAGAAGCUCUGAAGAUGGGAGGAAGGGAGUUGUUGGUUGGAUACGAUACUACUUACUUUACGACCGUGAUGCACAGGAAGCACGAAGCGUGGAGUGACAGGACUACGAUUAUAGCGCAUAGGAUUUUAUGAAUUGCAUUCUCGACAUACAUGUAUACCCGCCACAAACUAAGAGAUGAGUGGCGGAAGGUGCAGAGCGUAUCAUAGAGCGUACAGUGUAAUUCAUGGCGUUGGUUUGGCUG